GUCGUCCACUCAACCGACAAAGUUUCAAAUUAGGAUUGAUUUCCAAGAGGUGAUGUUUAACACUUUCUUCUUCCUUCCUCUGCCUUCUCCCUCAAAUCCGGCAAUACAAAAAUAAAACCAGUAUCUUAUCAACCAUUGCUCCACUAGCUUGCUCUUCAGUGGAUAUGGAUUCAUGGGUCUUCUUCUCAUUUCCUCUUCCUUUCUUUCCAUCACUUCUAAUCCUCUGUUUACUAUCUCCAUGUCUGAGUCAAACUGUGGCUGAUAACUACAGUGCUUGUAGCAAUCAAUUCCAGUGUGGAAAAAUCACCGCCGGCUACCCUUUCUUCGGCGGAGACCGACCCGCCGGUUGUGGCAAUCCGGGGUUGAAACUCAGCUGCCGGAACAACAACAAAGCUCGCAUAAAUAUCAAUAAUUUGACAUACCAAGUUUUGGGUAUUGAUGAAGGAAAUCAAAUUCUAAGGGUUGCAAGAGAGGAUUACUUGAACAGUGGGUUGACUGGGUUCUGUUCGUCUGAAUUAGCUAACACAACUCUUGAUUCUUCUCUGUUUGAGUUUGAUUCUGGUGUAGGGAACAUUACAUUAUAUUAUGGGUGCCUUCCUUCUAUUGCCCAAGCUUUCCGCCUACCAAGUGUUUGUAAUAAGUCCGGUUUGGUUUAUGCGGUUUAUGCACAAUCAGGGGAAAGUUGGAAUGCAGAUUGUUCUGAUCAUGUUAUUGUGCCUACUUCUGAAGCUAUUGUGAUACCAAUCUUGGAUAUCUCGACUCUGGAAAGAGCUUUGAAUGAUGGGUUUCAAGUGAGGUGGAAGGUGGAUGGUGAAGCUUGCAGGGAGUGCAGUGAUAGUGAGGGAGCUUGUGGUAUUGACAGUUCCAAUCAGACGGUUUGUUUCUGCCCAAAUCAGACUUCACCGUUGAAAACAUGUCUUCUAACACCUACUUCUGCUACUGCUACAACAGAGAAAAAUGUCAAAAAGUGAUCGACUUCUAAAAUAGCCUGAGUGGUUGAAAUUAAGAGCUUGGAAGCAACUUUUCUUAGGUCAUUCAUACGAAGGGAUGUAACAACUUCUAACCACUUGAUGAUAGCCUAGGUGGUUAUCUCUCCGGAGUCCAGAUUUAGGCGUAAAUAAUCUCGUCCAAGGUUGCGAUUUUGAUUUUGAUUUUGAAUUGGCGAAACUAUUUUCAAGUGGUUUGCGUUGGGUCUCAGCCAAACUAACCUGUUGGACGGGUUUUCGUGAUAACAACUUCUGAGUGAGAAUAUAUUCUAUAUCAUCUGAAUGUUUCUCAUUUUAGAGCCAUUAUUAGAACAAAGAACAUUCAAUUAGGAUUAAUAAAAAAAAAACAUAAAUUUUAAUAAAAACCUUUACACAAAGUUUAGUCUUAGCAAUCAAGUUAAAGGACUCUUUUUUCGUCUGUAAUAUUAGUUAAAUAUUUUUGUAUUGCUGACUAAUUGUCUUAUUGUGAUUGCCAUGGUUAUUAGAUCCUAUAGUUGUCUGUAUUUUACUCCUUUUUAAAAGUUUUUCGUGUUAACUUUAUCAAUUGAUUCUGUUCAACUCCUUGAACAUUAAAUUCAUAGUUUUCUAAUAGCAGACAAAAUAGAUUUUGGUACGAAGUUUGAACUCUUGGUCUAGAAAUAUAGCCAUUGGAAGGUUGCGUCCC